AUUGCCAUAUUAUAAACGAAUUUACUGACUGUUUGGAUCGUAAUCGGAACACACUCCGUAACAGUACCAGCCCACUCUUCAGGAUACUAGCAGACAAUUUCGACAAAGAACUUGUUAGAUCAAGAAUGAAAAAUGUUUGUGAUUUGCUUCCAGGCGUGGCUAAUGAUCUUGAGUGUUUGAACUCAGCUUCAAACAACACAAACGUGAAGAGUUGUUUAUCGCAAUACAUCUCACAUCUGAUGCAGCCAAGCUUAACACUUGAUAAUUUGUGCCGGGCCAUGGCGUCCCAAGAACUAUGUUUAAGGCAAUAUACUACACCCGAUCUAUGUCCUGUGUCUGUGCUUGAGUUUUAUUUAACAAAUGAGCUAAUAUUUAUUCCAACAUAUUGUCAAAGUUUCACGAAUCGGACCAUGUCACUUGAUAUGAACGCAGGUUUUACAAACCCGACAAUGGCAACUGAUACGGACAAGAGUUAUAUAGAUUCCGUUAUACUUAUUUGUGCCUUGGAGUCCUUUCACAGCACUUUGAAUGGUGUAGGUGCAGAAUUUCGUAAUUCGUCAAAUAAUCUUGCAGCUAUUGCAAGGAUCAUUGCUGAAUCGUUUAACACCAAGUCUUUUUGCAGCAAUCGAACUGCAUUUGCUUCGUGUGUCCAAGAUCGAUUUGUGAAACCUUUCAGUGAGAUUGAUUCGAUAAUUGCCAGAUAUUUGAACCCAAACUCGAUUGGUUCAGCAUUAAAUCAUUUUUGUGAAUUACCAAUUAGUCGACCAGAAGAAGCAUGUUUGAAAGAACGUGACACUGUAAUAGGUUUGGUAUUUUGUGGCGGAACAAUGAGUUUACAUUUAACGAAUCUCAAAAAAAGAAACAAAGACAGGAACCAAUAUUAUUCGCAACGCAAUUACACCCUACCAACUACUGUUGAACCAGGAGACGUGUCAGACAUCUGCUCAGCAAUAAGAAGUGUGGAUAUGUGUGUUCGCAUACAGCUACAGAGAUGCAGUCCCAAUUUAGCACAAACCUUUGCAAAUGUGGAGAAACAACUUCUUACUACAGACUGCUUUAACGCAAAAUCUAAAUGGAUUGAGAAUUCGCACUUUACCUCGGUUAUGAUGUAUUGUGGUGUGCACAUUGGCGGUGAACUCUAUUUACGCAUUAUUGGUAAAAACACAACAAUUGGCGGAAAACAAGCUACUUUGAAUGUAGUUAAAGAUUUUAUUCCAUAUGUUUGUGGCAAGAUGAACGAUUUUGUCACCUGUAUCGCUCGGGAAGUUGGUCAGUCCAAAAAUAUAUUAGACAGAAUUUUCAUGAAGUUUCUUGACCUCACCAAUGCUUAUCGUCUACAAGUAAUUUUUGGAGCAAUGUGUGAUCGAACAAGAGACAUUCAGAAUAACGUGGAAUGCUUCAGUAAGGGAGGAUUCAGUAAUUGUACAUAUCUACUAGAGGAGCAAAAUCAUCUUUUCAUGAAAUAUCUGGACACUUUUCAAAAAAACAUUACAUAUUUUGAUGUCGAUUCUGUUACAGAACUUUGUGGAACCGUUAAAGAAUUUGGAAUAUGUGGUGCAAGAGCGUUGUCAAACUGUAGCCAAGAUCUCAGUCAGCUUGGACAGGAUAUCAUCAAUGAACUUCUAAGACUGGACUGUGGAGGUUCACGACCUUUGACAAGAUAUCUCAACACUGGAACUCAGAAGAUUCCGUUGAAAUUUACUUUGUUUUCAAGCAUCUUCUUAUUGAUGCAAUUCAUGUUAUGAUGAGCUAGACAUAUUGAAAUGUGAGAAGUGUUAAAGUAUAUAUGAUCUUAAAAUAUAUAUAUCGGCUGCUUAACUGAUUACUAGUAUAACUGAAUUUUAUAUCGAAAGUUUUUUUUAAGUAUUAGAAGAAAUGACCGUGGUCAAAGAUUCAUGGAAAUGAGGUCAAGGUCAGAUGAACAUGUCAACCGUACAAUGAUCCCAUACAAGAAGUUUUAGUAUAAGAAAUACUUAAAGAUGACCCAGGAAAAUGAAGUCGAGGCAAGAUGAAACAUAAGAGACGUACAAAUGGAGUUUUAAUUGUACAUAAUGCCGUCUGUAUUUUCAUAUUAUGACUAUUCACCUCCUGAUUAUGUACCAAUCUGUGAUAAUACACCAGUGACGGUAUGCAGAUGGGAAGAUGGAUCGAAAGUCAAAAAUAGAGGUGCUUUUAAAAACAAAAUAUCUAGCGCUAAAUCCACAUCUGUUCUAUUCAAAUCUUCGUAUCAGUGCAUGCACAAAUAUAGCCCUCCUUAAUUACCAUUUUAGUGUACAAUAUUCGUACUUGUAUUUACAACAUACUUUCUUGAAAUUUUCCAUUGAUAAUUUAGAACUCUGGCAAAGUUGACCUUAUGUGGAUUUUUCGAUUUUUUUUAGGUCCCUUUUGGUCAUAUAGUUUCUCAAGUAGUAUUUAUAUAACCACGUCUUGUUUGGUGUGAACUGAUGGAAGUAAAUCCCGAACGCUCCAAAUUUAUAGUUUUCAAUUCAUUACCAUCGUACUCAAUAUACAGCUGUUGAGCUAUAAUGGCUUAGAUUCUUAAAACUGCCAUUGGAUGUCACUGCGUUCUUAAAAGACAAUCACUGUGUCAUCCAAUAUAAACGCGGUCAGUUGGAACAUGUAGGUCAGUAUUUUUUGCGUUUCUGUCAAUAUUUUAUUUAAAACGUUCUUUCGCUUUUGAAAGUUGUCUAAUCCUUAUUUUUCACAGUGCAUACAUUAACAAUUUACUCUCCCUUGUGCAAAGUUUUUAUUUCUUGCCUGGCUUUGGCAAUACUUUUUUGUCCUUUUUGGUUAAUAGCUAUUCAUCUUUUUAAUAAGCUUUGGAUUUUCAAAUAUGUUGGCCUCGAGCAUCACAAAAGAGACGUUGAUUGUCGAAAUGCGCAUCUGGUGCAGCAAAAUUGGUACCGUUUAUUUUAUUACUACCACUGGGUCGAUGCCUUUGCUGGUGGACGGAUAUUCUCCGAGGGUAUCGCCAUCCUAGUAACCAAUACUUCGGUACUGGCAUGAAAAUACUGAUUUUGUGUUUUACAAAAUUUUGGAAAUUAUUUUAAAUGAUGAAAUAUAUCUCCCUCAUACGAAGCUCUGAUUCCUUGCCCGGCUUUGGCAAUAUUUUUUGUCGUUUUUGGUUUAUAGCUCUUCAUCUUUUUAAUAAGCUUUGGAUUUUCAAAUAUUUUGGCCUCGAGCAUCACUGAAGAGACAUUGAUUGUCGGAAUGCACAUCUGGUGCAGCAAAAUUGGUACCGUUUAUGUUAUUACUAAAUCUUCCGCUUGUCCUCCACAUGGAAAUUUCUUCAUGGAGUUAUCAAUCGUAUUUCAGAAGUCAUAUCUAGUGGAGCAUGUAGAAAACAGAAAUUGUUAAAAACAAAAGAGUUUGUGGCCAAAUUCAUUGUAUAUAAAUCCCACGUGGUAGCUUGAUUUAUGAAUGCCUGUAUUUACAAAGGUAAUAAAAAUCAUACAAGA